GCCAGGCCGGCGCGGACAUUCAAAAAUAUGGCAGCGCAUUCCACUACAUUAAAACCAUCGCUGAAUUCAGAGGAAAUCGAAAAUACGUCCACUGUUAACAGUGAUGAUGUUGGGGUUAAGAGGCGCCUCUCGUUUGCAUCUGAAAAAGAUGUUAGCGCACUUGAAGCAUCGACUAUGGCUUAUUCAGCCUUCAGUUUACAGGGUUUUCUCGAUGACUCAAAUUUGUGGCCACUCUCUGCUGCUGAGAUCACCGAACAGCUUUCACCAGACAAAUGUUUAAUGGAGAAAAAUGCUAUUAAAGAUGAAGAUUUGCUUCCUGAACGGAAUGGAGCGAACAAUACUGAAGCAAAUGACAACGAUAGAAUCAUUCGAGAUGGCACACAAGAUUCCCCUGUGACUACCAGUAAACAACACACCAACACAGAGGAAAGGGAUGCUGAGGUGAGGAGAAGAGCACAGGAGGAAGGCUGUGUGAAUGUGGUCCUCCCUGGCACCGUAACUCAGGACGCCUGCUACCGUUUCGUCAGCGAGAUCCUCAAGUUUAUACUCUAUCAGAGGCAGCAGCUACCCAUGACGUAUGACCAGCUAGUUUACUCUCAAAAGAAGCAACAAGCUUCAGUGCAGGAUAAAGAUGCAGUGAGGAAGAAGCCAGUGAAGUCUGCAGAUAUGGACUCACAUAAAUGCCAGCAGACCCUUCAGGAGUUGGAGGAGCUGCUCCAUCAGCUGGAGGGGCUUUUUUCCCUUAGCAGAGUUCCCCGUGUAUUACUGUUCAUGGGAGGCUCCCUCGUUCUCCCAAAAGAGCUGUAUGAGAUCAACAUGGAGGAUCUGGCACUGGCUGGAGGAGAUCGGUGUCUUCGAGUUUCAUCAUGCUUAAGGCAACUCUUUCGCACGCUUUUUGUUGCUGAUCUCUUGUCUGACACCAAACAUGUUCGCUUAAUGCCCACCACAGUCUUAGUGCUGGCUCACAGGGAUUCUGGUGUAGGCUGGUUCCGCCCUAAACUACAAUUUAAAGUCCCAACUCGUGUAAAAAAGCAAGUCAUCGCUCUGUCCACUGACCCCAGCAUCUGUAAGGAACCAAAGUCAGAGGGGUCAGACUGGGAGGAUUAUGUGUGGUUCCAGUCCCCCAUGGCAAUUAAGGGCAUCAGUAGCUGACCCAGUUAUGUAGUUUAAUGUUCUCUCUGGAGCCUUUGUAAUGCAGUUUAUUUUAAUGGAAGUUCAAGUGAGUAUUGAACAUAAAUUUGGAACCAUAUGUAAACUUAUAUUUUUUUUUUAACAAAAAAAGAGUUUUGAGACCUGAAUUGUAUGAUGUGCCAUCUUUUUUUAAGUCUGAAAUACAGAGUGAAUGUUAUCUCAAAGUCUAGUUGA